UUGUGAGAUCAAUGAAGACAGUGGUGUUGUUGUUGCUAGUGGUGGUUGCGCAGAGAGCAGAAAGCGCUCCUGUGGAUGACGAUGAAGAUUCGGCUCUGAUGUACCGGUGUGACUGCGGAGGACUUGAUUCUGACGAUGACGAAGAUUACUACUAUGAAGAUUACAUUGUGAGAGACUACCAGGAUGGCGAUUAUCCAGAUGACCAAGAUUUGCCGCCUCGCACACCCCCCGGCCGGGGCCGUGGAUAUCAACGGGGACGUCGUGUCCGCGGAUAUCAACGGGGACGUCGUGAUCGUGGAUAUCGACGAGGACGUCGUGACCGUGGAUAUCAACGAGGACGUCGUGACCGCGGAUAUCGACGAGGACGUCGUGACCGCGGAUAUCGACGAGGAAGUGGAUCUAGAAUUCGUUGUGAAUGUAACUGAUUCCCCAUCAUUCCCAGUCCAAUGGUGAAUGCCGAUGAGGCCAGGAAACUCAAAAAUUAUGUUAAUUAGAGUAUUGUAUAAAAAUGAUUAAAAUUUUGUGUAACUGCAUAUAAUAAUGGUG